CUUCGGAGUGCGUGCGUUAUCUGUUACCAUCUUUCCCUCUAGUCAUGACAUAGUUCACUGUAAUUACUGUUUAUAACGGAAAUUUAUAACGGAAACAUUAGCAAGUAUCCAGUCUUUUGUUUACUUUUUGGAGUUUGUAAAGUGCUUCGUAAGGGCAUUCCUUUUUAUCUACAUUGAUAGGUUAGUAUGUCGUGUUAAAAUCGAGAUGAUCGAGAAAUACCGCAAGUUGUUUUGAAACCAUCUGAAAGCUAUCGUUAAAUUACUUUAAGUCCUUUCUGACUUCAGGAAUAUAUUUAGCUGAUGCAACUUUUCUUAGGAGUCUCCUGUUCGGUAUUUUAUCACUAUCUUAGAAAGCGAAAUUGAUAUGAUUGUUAUGCCUUGAUAUCGCGGCCAAUAAUUUAACUCGAUUAUCGAUUCAUGCUAACUCUGAGUUAGUCUUUAUCGUCUUGUUUUCAUGAGUAUUGGCUAUACUCAAACAAAAUCCUUGCUCCAUUACUACAUAAUAGCAACUAAUACAUUCCCUAUCGGUUGGAUACUUUGUAGUUCGGUUUUAUUGAUGUAGAUUUAAUACACUGUUUCGUUCUGUACCCCCAGAGUAAUCUGCACGUUAGAAAGUACCCUUCGUAGUAGUUUCGUAGUGCAAUUAAGUUAUGGGAUAGCUCUGAUAGUUUUGUUUAUAAUUUGUUUGAUUCAUAUUUGUACGUCUAUUGACCUUUUUUCCUUACAGACAGUCCAGAAGAACAUAUCUACGUGCUGUGUCAUAUAAUGUUUUCCCCUGUUGAUGGAACUGAACUCCAAAAGUUGAUAUCAAGCGGACGAAAGUUGGUAGUAUUCUUCUUGUCUUCAAAUGUGCCCCAAUGUGAUCAAGUGCAUAGUGUUCUAAAAAUACUUAGUGAGGACACAGUUAACUCGGAAAUUUCGUUCGUCAACGUGGAUGCAGAAGCCGCUUCUAAAGUUUCGAAACAACUGGAGAUCAGUUCUGUUCCUACGGUAUUAUUUUUCCAUUUAGGUAAAGAAAUUAAUCGUGUUUGUGGUGCAUCUAUUCCUGAGAUUACAAAAUCUGUCAUGAAAUUACAAUCAGUACCUGCUCAUGAUUCAUCCAAUGACCUUUCAUCUCGUCUUCACUCCUUGAUUAAUAAGGCGCCUGUUAUGCUUUUUAUGAAAGGUAGCCCCGAGGAACCUCGAUGUGGAUUUAGUCGUCAAAUAGUCAGCAUUUUACGUUCAAAUAAUGCAACGUUUGAAACAUUUGAUAUCCUACAAGAUGAGGAGGUUCGACAAGGUUUGAAAACCUAUUCUAAUUGGCCGACCUACCCACAAUUAUAUGUAAAGGGUGAGUUAUUGGGUGGUGUGGAUAUUGUACGAGAAUUAGCUGAUUCUGGAGAGUUAGCACAAAUAUUGAUAACUUCGUGAAUCUACCAAAUGAAAUACUCAUCCUCCUAAACUUCUGCCAUGCAUUGUAUUUUUGACUACAAUAUAACCUGAUCAAAUUG